GAAAAUUCCAAUAUUGACCGUAACCCAGUUACGUGAUUUUUACUAUGAUGCCGAUAAAUUUUUCAUUACCACUAUACCUUUUUAGGGUUUCAAUAAUAAUUGCAUCUUCUUUAACUUAAUAAAAUUAAUUGUUUUAAUGGUAAGGUAGUUUAAUGCAAGCCAAUUACUUAUUACCCGAUAUGGCCGUUAAACGUCCGUCUAAUUUAUUGUUUGGCACUAAUUUAAAUUUAAUUUUUUCAUUUUGUUUGCCCAACAAGGAUUUAUUUGUUAAUUAUAAAAUGGAAUUUUUGUAAAAUUUAAAAUUAUGUAUCCCAAUAGUAAAUGAUUUGAGAUCAGAUUGAUCAGAAAUUAUGACAUAUCGCAUCAGAUAGAAAUGAGAAACAGCUACUCCAGCUGAAUUCCGUAUCUAAGCCAAUCAGACAUGUGAAAUGAAGAAAAAAAUAAUUCGGAAGAUUGGAAGAAACCCAUAGAUAAGUACCCAUUACAUGCUCUACUUACUAGUCACAUUAGCUCAAAAUAAGGCAAUGAAAAUGGAAAGAUCCAUGCUGCCUUUAAGCGAUCAUAGUAAGAAACGAAGAAUCAGGCAAAAGAACUUAUUGAUAAUGCUAUCUGUAUCAUCGUAAAAUUAAAUAAGAGACAAAAGAUGGACUAGAAACGUGCAAACAAAAACCAAAAGAAGACCAAUUAGAUAAGAAUAAUAAGGGUAUCAAUAGCAGAUAUCGAAGAUUUUUCUUAAAAAUACAUCAAAUCAGAUAAUUUACACCAAAAAAGUCAAAACACAUUACAUCAUUGUCAUGUGAUAAGAUUCAUCAGACAUUACAACACUCGAAGUUAUCAGGACCGGACAAGCUGAUGGGCCAGUAGGUACCACUAAGCAGUACCGACAACUUUCUCCACCUGAUGGGGCUUCUUCACGUGGUACUCUGACGCCUCCGGUACCCAGCGGAGUCACUCAGACGGUCUUGGUCGACGGUCGCGGUCGUGGUACCACUUUUGAACGCUCAGCAGACGAUAUUUUAGUUAGUACCUUAAGACAAAAAAGGAUUUUUUUUUUGGUUACGAAGAUUUUGUGCCUGAGAGUGUUGGCUACCAGAAUUACCAUGGGACUUUUAGGAUUCGUAUGGUUAAUAUGGAUCGUCCCGCUACUUACCUUGGCCCAACUACCCCACAAACAGCAAAAUUUCAAUAUAAACACUUAUACGAAAAGCUUACCAGAAGAUAUUAAAUUGAUUGUAUCGAAAGCUUUGCGACUGGAGCGGAACCAUUUGGUACCGGAAUCAUGCGUCCAGGAGGACAGUGUCACUUGUCCUCCAAACAAAUACAGGACGCCGACUGGAGAGUGUAAUAAUGUGAGACAUUGGAGAUGGGGUAAUAGGGGUGCACCGUUUCUAAGACUUUUGCCUCCUAGAUAUGCUGAUGGAAUAUCCGCCCCAAAAGAAUCCGUCUCGGACAGCCCUUUGCGCAGCCCUUUGGACAUCUCGGUGUCCCUGCAAAACAUCGCUACGCAUGCGCACGAGUCUGUCACGGCCCUUUUGGGUGCCUGGAGUGAACUGUUGUUGCACGACCUCGCCAGCACCGGAAAUUUGAAGAGUCAAAGUUGCUGUGAUGAUGGAAAGAAGAAUCAUGGAGAGUGCUACGGGAAAUUGCCGAAUGGAGAGUGCAGGGAAUAUAUGAGGACAUUGCCUGCAGUGGAAAUGGAUAAUUGUGAUUUUAAAUACCGAAACCAAAUUAAUUUGGCCUCAUCUUUCCUGGACGGAUCAGCAGUUUACGGAAGCAACUACGCCAGCAUAGAAAAACUCAGAAAUUACGACAACGGCUUGGUAAACGUCUCAGCGUGUUCUUCUUGCCAGUCCAACGUUCUUUAUUCCGCAAUUUUAAAAGAACACAAUCGGAUUGCUAUCAAUUUGGCAAAUUUGAACCGACACUGGACCGACGAUGUAUUGUUCUACGAAAGCAAAAGGAUUGUUAGUGCAGAACUUCAACAUAUAACUUACAAUGAAUUCUUACCCACUUUACUGGGACAACAAUCGAUUGUCAAUUCGGAUUUGGAACUUCAAACUCAUGGAAGAUAUGCUAAGUAUUCGAGUUCUAGAAAAGCUGGAGUUUACAAUGAGGUUGCUCUAGGAGCUUUGCCAGCUUUAUUAUCCAUGCUUCCAAGAGAAUUGCUUAACAAGACCGCAGAAUCUUUCGCUGAAAUGGUAGACAUCCUCAUCAGCCUACCAGCUCAAGCACCAAGCAUGCACAUGGUAGUACCACUCCGUUCCGAUUGGGAUACUGCAGCACUUUUCAUUCAUAUGGGCAGAGAUCACGGAAUUCCUGGAUACACUAGCUGGCUUCAAUAUUGCAGCAACGUGACAUCACCUCAAUCUCCCACUUUCAACGACAUGCAAGCAAAUAUCAAGCCGGAAUAUGUUAAGGCUUUGAAAUACCUUUACGUUAAUCCAGAAGAUGUUGAUUUGCUUACAGGCGCUUUAAUGGAAACGCCUAAUCCUGGAUGUGUUGUUGGGCCAACAUUAAACUGUCUCUUAAAAGAACAAUUUACGUUGUUGAAAGAAUCCGAUAGGUUUUGGUAUGAGAAUGAUUUGCCUCCAAGCUCAUUUACUCCGGAACAAAUUAAAGAAAUUAAGAAAGUCACGGUGGCAGGUUUGCUUUGCGCUAAUACAGAUGACUUGGACAUGAUUCAGCCAAAGGCCUUUGUACAAGAAGAUACUUUUUUGAAUGCAAGAAUCAACUGUGACCAGCAUCCGUUGCCCAAUUUGGCUGAAUGGGCUGAAAUGGAUCAUAUGAGUGAUGUCAGUGAUGAAUUGCUUAUGCACGCUUUGGCUAAAGCUGAACAAGAAGUUUUGGCUAGAAGGAAGAUGGAAUAUAAGGUUUUUACUGAGAUUGGAGGUGUAGACCCAAAAUCUCCAGCAGGCCUAGCUGCCUCCUUCAGCAAGGCCGAUCCAGACGCUCUAAAAUUAGCCAACACCUCUCUAUUAUUUGAGUUUGCCUCCAAUGAGAUAGUCAAUUCUUUAUUGCACACUAGACGUCGCCGGCAAGUUUUCGACAAUCAACCAUUCGCCUCAGUUUUUAGAGACGACAUCAGUGAUGGUCUUCAGAACGUCGACAUUUCCUCGAUUCUUCCGCCGCAAAUUGCAAGUCCCGACCUGGAAUGCGAAGAAAAUGGUCCUUGCGAUCCCGCUUACCCUUACAGAUCUUAUUCCGGAUAUUGUAACAAUUUAAAAAGUCCUAAAUACGGUCAAGGAUUGACAACUUUUAACAGAUUACUGCCUAGUGCUUACGAUGAUGGUAUUUCAAAACCAAGGCAAAUUGGUGUCACUGGAGUACCCUUACCAAAUCCUAGAAUAGUAUCUAGAAAUAUUCAUCCGGAUAUUAGUAACUUGCACAAGAGAUACACUUUGAUGGUGAUGCAGUACGCUCAAUUCGUAGACCACGAUUUGACUAUGACUCCUAUUCAUAAAGGUUUCGACGAGUCCAUUCCCAGUUGUCGCCCUUGCGACAGUCCUAGGACAGUGCAUCCAGAAUGUGACCCUAUUCCUAUACCAGCAGGAGAUAGCCACUACCCUGAAUUUAACAUAACUACUGGAAAACCAAUCUGCCUUCCGUUUAUGAGGUCUUUACCAGGACAACAGCACCUGGGACCUAGGGAGCAAGUGAAUCAAAAUACUGCUUACUUGGAUGGCUCCAUGAUUUAUGGUUCAACCCAUUGCACUCUACAUAAACUAAAAGGAGCAAAUGGAAAAAUGAAUGUUACAGUACAUCCUACGCAAGGCAAAGAUUUGUUGCCAAGAGAUUCUCAUCCAGAAUGCAGGUCAAAGUCUGGAUUGUGUUUUAUUGCUGGUGACGGUAGAGCAUCAGAACAACCAGGCCUAACAAUGAUCCAUACAACAUACUUGCGUGAGCAUAAUAGAGUAAUGGAAGCUCUCCAAAGGGUUAAUCCUCACUGGGACGACAAUAAAAUCUUCGAACAGGCCAGAAGAAUCGUCGUGGCCGGCUUCCAGCAUACCACUUACAAUGAAUUCUUGCCACGGCUCUUAGGUUGGAACGCCAUCAAUUUGUAUGGCCUAAAGUUGCUGCCUCAAGGAUACUACAAAGAAUACAAUCCCAGUUGUAAUCCAUCGAUUUUCACCGAAUUUGCAGCUGCGGCUUUCAGAAUUGGGCAUUCGCUUUUGAGACCGCACAUCCCUAGAUUGGAUAGUAAUUAUGAAAUUGUCGAUCCUCCGCUUUUGUUGAGAGAUUUCUUUUUCAAUAUGGAUUAUAUGAUGAAUGAAGGACUUAUGGACCAAAUGGCUAGAGGCUUAGUAUCCACACCAAUGGAAACUUUGGAUCAAUUCAUAACAGGAGAAGUAACCAAUCACUUAUUCGAAGACAAGAAAAUACCAUUUUCUGGAGUUGAUUUGAUUGCACUUAACGUUAAAAGAGCAAGGGAUCAUGGAAUUCCUUCUUACAACAAUUACAGAGCCUUGUGCAAUCUUAAAAGAGCAACCACUUUUGAGGAUUUGGCCAGAGAAAUUCCAAUGGAAGUUAUCCAAAGAUUAAAAACAAUUUACCCUACUGUAGACGAUAUUGAUCUUUUCCCUGGAGGCAUGGCAGAAAGGCCUCUACAAGGUGGAAUUAUUGGACCUACUUUUGGUUGCAUUAUCGCCAUACAAUUCAGACAGUUGAGGAAAUGUGACAGAUUUUGGUAUGAAAACGAAGACCCCAUUGUGCGAUUUACUGAAGCUCAAUUAGCCGAAAUCCGUAAAAGCACUUUGGCAAAAACCCUCUGCGAUAACAUGGACGUGUUCAGCGACAUCCAACGAUCCGCUUUCGAUUUACCAUCAAAUUUCUUGAAUCCUAGAGUGCCUUGCAACUCUAUGCCAUCUAUAGACUUUAACGCUUGGAGAGAAACCUCUUCUGGUCAAGGAUGUAUUAUUGGAGGUAGGCACGUGCAAAUUGGGGAAAGUGCUUUCCCGAGUCCUUGCACCAGCUGUGUUUGUACUGCCGAUGGAGGCAACUGCGCUUCACUUAAAGUAACCGAUUGCAGUCAGUUGCUGCGUGAAUGGUCAAAGGACGCGAUUUCUAGAGACGAGGUUUGCGCAGCUCAAUGUGGUUUCCUGUUGAGAGAUGGUAAUAGGCAUCAGGUGCCUUUUGGGUUAGUUCCACCACCUCCGACGCGUAACAAUUUGAGAGGAAGAAGUCCGAAUAGGUUUCCUAGAUUCCCUGAUGGUACCAGCUCAGGGGUGGAUUUGAGUGGGUUUAAGUUCCCUAAUCUUAGUCCGUUUAUUUCUAAGUGAGUGGGUUUGAGAAGAAUUAUGCCAGUAAAUGAAUCACUGAAAAUUAAGACUUUGUACAAAUUACUAAAAAAGGGAAGUUUUGUCAAAAAAAAUCUAGUCCCUGUUUUUUUUUUUUAUUGACUAUAAUUUUAAUUGUUGACUAGUGUUAAGUGAAAAAAAUAUGAUAUUAUUUUUGUGUCAUAUAUUUGCCUCAAUUGAUUUUGAGUAUGAAACAGGAAGAUCUCGUAUUUAUUAGUAAAACUGUUGCAUAUUCAAAAUGUGUAAAGUGAGGUUUUUGUAAAUAUAUUGGUUAGGUUUAAGUGUUUUUACACUGCCAAAACUAUCAUUUUGGUACUUAUUUCUUAAUCUAGAAAUAAUAUUUUUGAGAGAAGUGUAUAAGGUAGAUAUACUUUCUAUGAUAUUUCUAGUGUAUAUUUGAAUUAUUUUUUUUAUAGGGCCCCUAUUGUAUAUUUUUUUUUAAUAUUUACAACCUGAAAUAUAUUUAUUUUUGAUUAA